ACCCAAACCAAACUGAAAGAUUCCUAAUUUGCAUAAAGAAAAAUCCAUGGAGCUCAAUCAUUUUAGUCAUCCGCAUCCCCUGCUUCUCGUGGAAGAUAAGAGCGACCAAGUCAGGGAAGCUUAUUGCUCGGGAUGCAGGGAACUCAUACAGGAUUCAAGUUACAGAUGUACCGACUGCAAAUUUUUCCUUCACAAGGCGUGUGCUGAGCUACCGGGGGAGUUGGAUCAUCCUUUUCAUUCGCAACAUCCUCUAGUUCUUUAUGAUAAGCCGCAAUAUGACUCUCCUUGUGUUGCGUUUAUCUGCAGUUGCUGUCGAAAGCAAAAAGGUGAGGGAUUUGUUUAUCAUUGUUCUACUUGUAAAUUUGACCUUGACAUACAAUGUGCUCUGCUGCCAAAAUUGAUUGUUGGCGAUUUCCCUAAACUGAAACAUUUUAGCCAUCAACAUUCACUUUUGUUCAUUGAAAAGCAUUGCAUUGAAAGUGCAGAUCAGUCUUGUUUUGCAUGUGAAGAUCCAAUAUCAGGUCCUAUUUAUUGUUGUUUUGACUGUCGAGUUUUCCUUCAUAAAAAAUGCACUGAGCUACCUCUUGUGAUAAAUCACCCUAGCCACCGCAAACACUCUCUUACUCUUGGGCCCAAUCCUCCACCUUUCAGCCACUCCAAGCACUCUCUUACUCUUGUGCCCAGUCCUCCACCUUCCAGCCACUCCAAACACUCUCUUGCUCUUCUAGCCAAUUAUCCACAUGAAAAGGGCUGUUCUUGCCAUUUAUGCAGCAAACUCCAAAAAGGAUUUGUUUAUUAUUGUUCUCCUUGCGAGUUCAGCAUUUCGAUCAAAUAUAUUUUCUCUGAUUUAUUUGAAGCAAAGAUUCAUGAACAUCCAUUCACUCUCCUAUCAAGGCCAAUGUCAUUUAUCUGUGAUGCAUGUGGUAUUUGUGGGGAGUAUUGCAUGCCUUACAUAUGCACCAUAUGUAAUCUUGUAGUGCAUAAGGAUUGCAUUUCCCUUCCACAUACCAUCAAGUUAAGAAAGCAUGAGCACUCAAUUUUCCAUGUUUAUAAUUUCCUUAAAGAAAAUGAAGUAAGAAAGAGGAUCUGCAGAAUUUGUCGGAAAGAUGUGAGUAUGGAAUAUGGGAGCUACCAUUGCUUAGAUUGUGAUGAUUACUUUGUUCAUGUGAAUUGUGCGAGAGACAAAGAUCUUUGGGACAAUGAGAUUUUUGAGGAGGAAGUAAAUCAGAAGUCCAGUGAAACCUUGGGAGAAGGAAAAAUUAAACACUUCAGCCAUGACCACAAGUUGCUACCAAGUGACGAGUUGAAAAAUUGUGAAUAUGAUUGUGACGGUUGCAGAAGAUCAAUCUCUACUGCAUUUUACCAUUGUGCUGAAUGUAAUUACUUCCUUCAUAAAUGUUGUGCCGAGUUACCUAGAAAGAAGAAACACUGGAAUGCUGAGAGAGUCCGAACUCUCAACUUUAAACCCAUUUUUGGGUGUUAUUUUUGUGGGUUUUAUUGCAGCGGGUUUUGCUACGUCAAUGAUGAUGACAGAGCACCAAUUAUCUGCAUUGGAUGCUUUGAAAUUCCAGACUACUUCACUGAUCAUGGACACGAGCACCCUCUUUUCUUUGACCACAAGUUUACAAGGGAGUGUAGUAAUUGUAACGAAAAAAAAGGAAAAUUCAGGUGUGAAGAUAAUUGUGAAUUUGUUUUGUGUCGCCGAUGCAUUGCGCUACCAGAAACGGCCUGGUACAAGCAUGAUGGGUACAAGCAUGAUGAACAUCCUCUUGCACUCACUUACUAUGAUGAUGUUCAUGAUUCAUAUCAAUGGUUUUGUGACAUAUGUGAAGAACCAAGAGAUCCAAAAAAGUGGUUUUAUUACUGUGCAACUUGUGAUUAUUCUUGCCAUUCCCCUUGUGCUCUCGGGAAGUACCCAUAUGUGAAGUUGGGGUCACCUGCCAAGUUUGUAACUCAUGAACAUCCUCUCACUUUCAUGAAGGACAAUCUUCGCUAUCACAAAUGCAGUAAGUGCGGCAAGAGUUGCAAAGAUGCGUUCCUCAAAUGUGUAGAGUCAGAAUGCAAGUAUGUUGUCCACUAUUUAUGUCAAUAAUUUCUGCUUCAAAUAUAUAGGCGCUGGCUGUGAACAAUUGAUAGUGAUAUUAAUUGCUCUUUGAUAUUAAUGGGAAUCCCACAAGCAAGCCAAACGUUGUUAAAAUCACUUGGUUCCUAUUUUUUAGUUCCAUUUCAUUUCUAUGGUAUGCUUUAUAGUAGUCUGGAUUCUUAUUUGUUCUAAUCAAACAUCGGAUGGUUG